AUGGCGGCAGUAGAACCGUUGGGGACGGCCGGCGACGAACCGACGCCGGCGAUGGCGAUGGCGGCGGUAAUGGUGGUUGAAAGAGAGAGAAACAGGGGUAUGGCUUCAUCCGGCAGUUCUACAAACAAUGGUGCAAUUAUUGUUGACGCAUUAAUGGUUCUAACAAUGAUGACGGACAUGAACGCAUCGAUGAGAGAUAUAACCAGCCAUGUAUACAUAACAACUGAUGGAACAAAGUUCUGGAAACCUUUGGUGUCUCCUGAAUAUACACCUACUAUCGGAAUGGUUUUUGACACAUGGAGCGACGUUGAGAAUAUGUACAAGUAUUAUGCUGAGAGGUCUGGGUUUUCUGUACGUUUGGGUGCCAUGAAGAAAAAUGGAACUGUUGUUACACAUAGAGAUCUACGGUCUUUUAUCGGCAAGAAGGAUGCACAAAUGGUUGUUGAUACGUUAAAAGCCCGUAUGAUAAAUCUGCCAAAUUUCUUUUUUGAAUGUGUGGUGGUUGACGGUGAGUUAAGAUCAUUGUUCUGGGCUGAUGACGUAUCCAAAUGCAAUUACGAAGCCUUCGGAGAUGUGUUAGGUUUUGAUGCAACAUAUCAUACGAAUCAGUAUAACAUGAUAUUUGUUCUGUUUACCGGUGUCGAUCACCAUAAAAAGUGUGUCACCUUUGGUGCUGGGCUAUUAUACGAUGAAACAAUUGGUUCUUACACGUGGUUGCUUACCACAUUCCUUAAAGCUCAUAACAAUAAGCAACCAACGUUGGUGUUGACCGAUCAGGAUGCUGCGAUGAAACAAGCAGUUUCUGGUGUAUUCAAUAAAUCUAUUCACCGACUGUGUAUGUGGCAUAUUGUAAGGAAAAUUCCUGCAAAGAUUGCAGGUGAUGUAUUGGAAAAUAUAGACUUGAGAGCUGCUAUACAUAAGCUGGUUUGGAAUUUGUUUAUCACACCUGAAGAAUUUGAAGAAAGAUGGAAUUUGCUUAUGGAAGGGUUACACUUGAAAGAAAAUAAUUGGCUGAACGAGAUGUAUGAGAUUAGGGAUCAAUGGGUUCCGUGCUAUUUUAGGGAUGUGCACAUGUGUUGUCUAAUGAAAACCACCUCGAGGUGUGAGAGUUUGAAUUCCUUGUUUAAAACAAAUUCUAGUGGAAUAAACACGCUCGUGCAAUUCUUGAUGUAUUUCGACACAGCAAUUGAUGGGCAACGGUACACUCAACGCAGAUUGGAGUUCGAAAGUAACACAAUAGCACCAUCAAUGCCGAAGAAUGUGCCUAUCGAAAGACAUGCCUCGGAGUUAUAUACACAUACGCUGUUUUUGGAGGUGCAAAAAGAGAUAUACAGAGGCAUGACAUUCUGCUAUAUUGCUUCAAAAACCCCAGAACUUGAUGGGGUAAAAAUUUAUACCAUUGUUCAUACUAACAGGCAGUACAAAGAUAUUAAUGAAUUUGAGGUCAGUUUUGAUAUACGUGAUAGAUCGGUUUCAUGUUCGUGUAUGGGUUAUACGCGCCUUGGCUAUUUGUGUAGGCAUGCCUUUUGCGUGUAUAGAUACAACCAGGUUGAUGAAAUUCCCGUUCAGUAUCAACCUGGUAGAUGGAAACGAGACAUAUUGCCAAGGAGGGUUUUUAGCAUGUCGAAUAGGUAUUCUGCCGAUACAGACGCGGAAUCUGUAAUCCGGAAUGAGAUUUUUGAUUUGGUCAUUGAGUGUACUGAUCGUUUAAGGCGUAAUAUUGGUAAACUUUCUGAGUUGUCUGGUGAAAUUAAAGAAAUUAGGAACCGUGUGUUUCGUGAAUUCCCGACCGAACCGGCGUGUAACAAGACAUCAGCUGUGAUCAGUGACCUUCUCAAACAACCUGAAGAUAUGGAAGUCUCAAUAAAUCCGCCACAAGGCAUCCGGAACAAAGGGUGCGGUACCAACCAUCGACUCAUUGAUCCCGGGGAAAAGGUUGUUGUUAAUAGUGCUAAAACUACUAGGCUGUGUGGAAAAUGCAAGAAAUACGUUAAUGAUCAUGACUCACGUAAUUGUGAAAAAGUUCGGGCUGCCAAAGAAGCCGCGCCUGCUGCUGCAAAAGCUGCUAAAGCUGGUAAUGUUGCUGUUCUAGAAGAUUCAUGUCACGUUGGUGUCGUUGAUUUGUCUAACGGUGAUACAUCUGUUGGACCAUCGUCUCGCAUUUGUACUCGGGCCACUAGAAGAUCCACUAGAAGAUCUACCAUACGUUCGUCCGAGCCGUUUGAAGAGUGA